GCAACAGUUAAGAACCUCACUCCCUAUUAACCUUACCAAGAUGGUAGGCAUUAAAACCUUACCAACGAUCUGUAUAUUGGUGGCAUUUGGGCUUUCUGCCACUGUCACUGCUACUGAUGUAGUCCAGGAGCAACCCAAGAAGGACUCAGUGGUCAGUGGAUCAUUACGUAAGAAUGAAGAAUCUGUUGCUAAACCUCAAGAGGUUUCAAAGAGUGAGACUGAUGAACCACCCAUGUUUUCUGUUGAAUGGUAUCUCUUACCCAAACCCUUAAACAGAGCAACUCUUCGUUACAUAUUGCCAUGGACCAUGAUAUUGUCCGUACCAGAGGACUGCAAAAAGCCAAUAUUGCCCGCAGUAGAAAAACGUAUUAGAAAUCAUUUUUCUUGGGUUGAAAAACAGAAACAAAAGGAGUCUGAUUCUGCACAACGUAAAACCACUGAUGUUGGCCAACCCCCAAAGAAGUCCUUCACCAGUAGAUUCUUCGGUAAAAAAGACGCAUCUGCCAAUACACCUGUUGAUGUACCAGAGUUACCCAAGUUUUCUUUUGAAUGGUAUUUUGUACAGAAGCCCGAAAACAGAAAACAUCUUCGUGACAGGUUGCCAUAUUCUACGAAAGCUUUUGUAGCACCGGACUGUAGAGAGCCAAUAGCGCCUGUGUUUGAAAAACGCAUUAGAGAUUAUUUGUCAUUAUAUAGCGUCGACUGGUAUCUGUUAUCAAAGGAGGAAAACAGAAUUGCUCUACGUUAUUUGUUGCCAUCUGAUUUGGCUGCCAAGGUUCCAGAGGACUAUAAUGAACCUAUAGAUCCCGAGGUGGAAGAACUUAUUAGGGAGCAUUUCUCGACGGUUGAGGAGAAGCAAAGGCCUAAUCGUUUUUGGUAUUUGCAUUUGUGAAUCAACAACCAUGGACAACUUCAUGAAAACGCAGUUAUCA